GGGGAGGGUACCGGAGCGGCAUGGCCAGAGCCGUCCCCCCCCCCGCCACCGCCGCCGCCGCCGCCGGGAUUUAACCGGUGCUUGGAUGCUCUCGCCUCCCGCUUCCACUUCGGGCGCGAUGUGCUCCGGGCCGCCGCCAGCCUGCUCCGGAGCGGGGUCCCCCCGCGCCCUCACACCCCGGUGAGGGGCUGAGCCCGCAGCCCCGUCCCGACACCGGCCCCGGAGGACGGGGAGCACCCGCUCGCCCUGGCCCCCCCUGGCCGGUGGGUGCCGGGCGAGGGGCAGCGGGGACCGGUAACUUGUUCUUAGCGUUCCGAGGUACCGGCUUGGGGGGGGACCCCCCCGUCCCUGUCGUGUCCCCCCCCCCCCACCGCCCCGCGAGGAGAUUUGGGUUUAAACUUUGGCUUUUUGGGUAGCCCCGAAGAUGCCGUUCCACCCGGUGACGGCGGCUUUGAUGUACCGGGGGAUCUACACCGUCCCCAACAUCCUCUCCGAGCAGCGCCCCGUGGAGAUCCCCGAGGACGAGCUGGAGGAGAUCCGUGAAGCCUUCAAGGUGUUCGACCGGGAUGGCAACGGCUUCAUCUCCAAGCAGGAGCUGGGCACGGCCAUGCGCUCCCUGGGGUACAUGCCCAACGAGGUGGAGCUGGAAGUCAUCAUCCAGCGCCUCGACAUGGACGGUGAUGGGCAGGUGGACUUCGAGGAGUUCGUGACGCUGCUGGGGCCCAAGCUGUCCACGUCCGGCAUCCCCGAGAAGUUCCACGGCACCGACUUCGACACCGUGUUCUGGAAGUGCGACAUGCAGAAGCUGACGGUGGACGAGCUGAAGCGGCUCCUGUACGAGACCUUCUGCGAGCACCUCUCCAUGAAGGACAUCGAGAACAUCAUCAUGACGGAGGAGGAGAGCCACAUGGGCACGGCCGAGGAGUGCCCGGUCGAUGUGGAGACCUGCUCCAGCCAGCAGAUCCGCCAGACCUGCGUGCGCAAGAGCCUCAUCUGCGCCUUCGCCAUCGCCUUCAUCAUCAGCGUGAUGCUCAUCGCCGCCAACCAGGUGCUGCGCAGCGGCAUGAAGUAACGGGAGCCUCACCUCCGGAGCAAAAUCCCUAUGGAAUCAGACAUGAACACACACACCCCCCACCCCCCGGGAUGGGGGCAAGGCCGAGGGGGAAGCCCCGCACGGGGUCCCCGGGGCGAUGCGAUCGCAUGGCUGCAGAACAUGGAACCUUGGUACUGACACAAACCCACACACACAGACCCCAACCAAGCAUGUACCGUGCAUGGAGCCCCGUGUGCUGCCCCCUCCCUGGGCGGAGGAUCCCGUCGGAUGCACCGAUGCUCUCGUCUAUAGCUCUAUAUUUAUGAUCAAAACCAAAACCAUCCCCUAAGCAAUACAUGCGCCUCAGAUGGUCCCUAGGGAUGGGAACGUUUGCAUGGACUUUGGCUGCCAAGGGCUGGAAUUCCCACCCCGUCCCCUGUCCCGGCCCGGUGCCGUGCCUCAGUUUCCCCACCCGCCAGACUGGGGGGACUCCGGUGACCUCCUGCUUGAUGCACUUUAGGCCGAAUUCCCUUGGGAAGAGCCAGAGCGACCCCGAGGCUGGGAGCCCGCAAUGGCCGGGGUCACCCACCCUGCACCCCCAGGGCCCCCCCCAGCCUGUAUGUAGCACCCCUGGGCACGGGCCUGGCUGGGAUCUGGGGCUGUUCCCCCUGUUCGGGGUUGUUUUUUGGGGGGUUUUGGUUUCUUUCUUUCGUCCUGGGUUCGGAUCGGAAAUAAACGUGGGAUUUCUGAA